AAUUCAAUACAAAUAUAUGUAUUAAUUGAUUGCAAAAAAAAAAUCAAAUAUUUGAAUUCAAUUCAAUUGAAACGAGUUUUUUUGUUGCGACAAAAAGUGAAGACAAUUACUGAAGACAACAAUGACAGCGACAUCGAUGAUGACGACACCGAAGGACUCGUUUGAUCGUUUCGGCGAUGAUUUGUGUCAACUAUUGCUAACAAAUCUGUCAAUCGAUGACAAACUGAGACUACAAUCGGUGUCCAAACAGUGGUUGGCAUUGAUAUUCAAUACGGAAACAGAUCUUGUAUUUUGUAGAAAACUAUUGGACAGAAUGUCUUUGGACUCAAUUCGUGACUAUUAUCAGACAAUUAAGUUGUUUCAAGUGAUUGUCCGAAAGUGUCCGAACAUUACCGCAGUUAUCAUAAGUGAAGUCAGUUUGUUGGACCGUUUUCUUGACUUAUUAAUGAUAUACUGUCACCGAUUGCGACACAUUUGUCUUAAACUUGAUUACGACGGCCACUUGUCGGUCAUUGAUCGGGCAUUUGAAUGCUUUUUUCGGCAAUUUGGCCAACAAUUGUUAACAUUCAAAUUUAACGGCUAUAGUAUUGAUUAUAAUAAACAAUUGUUUUACGAAGUUAUCGACGGUAUGCCUAACCUGAAGACACUGGACAUCACUUACGAACACCGAAGAAGUACUGUCCAAUUGAAUGACAUAAUCAUUGGUGACAUGUAUUAUGAUUUACCGAAAUCGUUGCAAUCGUUGAACAUAAAACUGGACGACUCAUCGGUACCAUUGUUUGCCAGUUUUGCCGAUAUUUAUGGCAAACAAUUGACAUCAUUGACGAUAGUAUCCGUCGUCGACACCGACAACAUGUCUUAUGAAUUGAUUGUUAAUUAUCAGCCAUUAAUUGAUGGUUUGGGACAAAUGGUACGAUUGAGACGAUUGAAAAUUGUUUUGUUUAAAUAUUUACUAAACAAUUUUACCGGCGAUUUAUUUGCGACAAUUGGCCGCCAAUGUCGCCAACUAAAGGAAUUGAGUUAUCUAUCAAUUGAAUCAAAUAUAGUGAUAAUUGAACGCAUGUUUGCCGUAAUCAACAAACAUAUUUCCGGACAACACUUGAAACGAUUAUCACUGUAUUGUUGGCCUAAUUAUUAUCAAGAAGAAGAAGUAAUGGUUGUAGUGGACGAUGAAGAGGAGGAAGAAUACUUGGAUUUAGUACUAACCUGUGAUUUGUUAAACCGAUUGCACGGAUUAACACAUUUGACACUAUGUUUUGAUAGAAAGUUUCGGAUAAUCGGUGACCAGUUUUUCCGUAACAUUCACAGCAAUCUUCCGCGACUACAGUAUAUACACUGUGACAGUGUGUUCAGCACUGAAGAGUCAAUCAUUGGCACUAUUAUUAACGGACAGUCGUCGCCAUCAUUAUCAUCAAAACGAUUGGACGUUGUUGUCGACCACCGGUGCGAUGCAAACAAUUUAUCGAAGAAAACUCAAAUCAUUUAUUAA